AAGGAGGCGUUGUAAACACAAUAAGAGAGGUUUCUGCUCAAUAUUUCAGUAAAUACAUUUGGUUUAAAGCUACGUUUGGCCUCAUUCAGCCACAAAAUGGAUACGCAGUCAUAUCAGUCUGUACAACCGGGGGUGGGGAUGGAGGAGAAUUUCCUGUCUCUCGACGAUAUUUUGCUCUCUCAUGAAAGACUUCCCAUACGGACAGAGUGCACUUUUCCCCGGCUGGGAUUCUUGGAGAAGUCGAGUGACACGCAGGACAUACCGGAGGGUACAAAGAUGGAGCUUCCUCUGUGGCUCUCCAAGGGACUGUACGAGAAGAAGAGGAGAGUGUUGUCAGUCGAGCUUCCGAAGGUGUACAGGGAGGGCUGGAGGACUGUGUUCAACGCUGACCCCAACGUAGUGGACCUGCAUAAGAUGGGGCCCUACUACUACGGUCUGGGAUCCCAGAUGCUGCACUUUGACAACCCAGAGAACCCAGAGAUCGCACAGACGCUGCUGCAGACGUUCAUCGGCCGGUUCAGACGGACCAUGGACUCCUCCCAGAAUGCCUACAACGAGGACACGUCUGCGUUGGUGGAGCGCCUGGACUGUCUGGAGAAGGCUCUGUUCAGGUCCGGGCAGAGCGGCCUCAACGGCUUCCAGAGCUGGGAAAAGGGCCGUGCAUCACAACUCACCGCCUCCAGUCUGGUUCUGAACUACCGCAAGAGGAAGAUCAACGAUAUACAGCCCUGACCUCGGCCUGCGGUUAAAGAAUACUGACAUGGAGCAGAACUUGGUCAACUCUUCUAAGCACUGUGACAAAUCCACUCUCUACUUCUGAUCAUGCUCUCUGUGGUGGGACGACGGCCCUGUGGAGAGUACACAUUUUAUUUAUUCUGUCAUACUGUAUGAGCUUCAUGUAAUUUUGACAGUGUGUUCAUGAUCACUAGAUUUUUCAUCACUAGUGCUGAAAGUGUUGACUAAUAUAUACGUUGAGUUUUGAUGGACAUUCAGGUGAUAUAUAAAUAUGUUUCUGUUUUAAAUUUUCAUUAUUGAUUUAAUUGUUUUGACAAAUAUCAAGUAAAGAUUCCUAACAUUU